AUGGAGUCCUGUGAUUGCAUAGACGCGCAAUGGCCCCCAGAUGAGCUGCUGGUGAAAUAUCAGUACAUCUCUGAUGUGUUCAUUGCCCUUGCCUAUUUCUCCAUUCCCUUGGAGCUCAUAUAUUUUGUGCAGAAAUCCGCUUUCUUUCCGUACAGAUGGGUGCUUGUGCAGUUCGGUGCUUUCAUUGUUCUUUGUGGAGCAACCCAUUUCAUAAAUGUAUGGACUUUCUCUAUGCACACCAAAACUGUUGCCAUAUUCAUGACUGUUGCCAAGGUUUCGUGUGCCGUUGUAUCGUGUGCUACCGCUCUAAUGCUCGUUCACAUUAUCCCGGAUUUGCUAAGCGUCAAGAAACGGGAGCUGUCGCUGAAGAGCAGAGCUGAAGAGCUUGACAAGGAGAUGGGGCUUAUGCUCACUCAGGAAGAAACAGGAAGGCAUGUUAGGAUGCUGACUCAUGAAAUUCGAAGCACGUUGGAUAGGCACACUAUAUUGAAAACUACCCUUGUUGAGUUGGGUAGAACUCUAGGCCUCCAGGAAUGCGCGUUAUGGAUGCCGUCCAGAACUGGUAUGAACCUACAGCUUUCUCACACUCUGAACUACCACAUACAAGCUGGGUCAUCUGUGUCAAUGGACCUUCCUGUUGUCAACGAAGUCUUCAACAGUUCUCGGGCAAUUCGUAUACCAUAUACCUGCCCACUGGCAAGAAUCAGACCGCUUGUGGGAAGAUAUGUACCACCUGAGGUUGUUGCUCUGCGGGUGCCCCUUUUAAAUCUUUCAAAUUUUCAAAUCAAUGACUGGCCGGAUGUCUCUGCCAAAAGCUACGCAAUCAUGGUUUUGAUUCUACCCACGGAUGGCACCAGAAAGUGGCGAGAACAUGAACUGGAGCUGGUUGAUGUUGCUCUUUCACAUGCUGCUAUUCUGGAAGAGUCUAUGCGAGCCCGUAAACAGCUCACGGAGCAGAACGAUGCUUUAGAUUUAGCUUGGAGAGAAGCAGAGAUGGCAAUCCAUGCCCGCGAUGAUUUCCUUGCUGUCAUGAACCAUGAAAUGAGGACACCAAUGCAUGCAAUCAUUGCAUUGUCUUCUCUUCUGUUAGAGACGGAACUGACUCCGGAAGAAAGGCUUAUGAUAGAGACAGCACUAAAGAGUAGCAACCUUUUGGAAACACUUGUUAAUGAUGUUUUAGAUCUUUCUAGACUUGAAGAUGAUAACCUAGAAUUAGACACUGAAAGAUUUAACCUCCAUGGAAUUUUCAGAGAGGUAAUGAAUUUGGUACAGCCCGUCGCAUCUGUGAAGAAGUUGUCUAUGACUUUGAUUCAAUCCCCUGACUUACCUGUGUAUGCCGUUGGAGAUGAGAAUCGGCUGUUGCAAACUAUUCUCAACGUUGCCGGUAAUGCUGUGAAGUUCACAAAGCAGGGCUAUAUUUCAAUUACAGCAUCUGUUGCGAAAUCAGAAUCUUCAAGAGACUGGCAACCGCCGGAGUUUUAUCCAGGGUCAACUGAUGGUUACUUCUACCUACGAGUUCAGGUUAAGGAUUCUGGCUGUGGUGUUCUCCCAGAAGAUAUUCCUCAUCUUUUCACCAAGUUUUCUCAGCCCCGAAAUGGAUCCAAUCAAAUAAACAACGGUGCAGGACUUGGACUUGCCAUUUGCAAACGGUUUGUAAACACCAUGGGAGGUCAUAUUUGGAUUGAAAGCGAGGGUAUCGACAGAGGGAGUAUCGUUGCAUUCAUCGUCCAACUAGGGAUAUGCGACAAUCAUAGUGAUACAACAACACACCAGGUCCAGAUUGCCACCUAA